AUGAAUAAUACAGAUCAAUCACAAUACUAUAAUAAUCCAGCAGCAACACAUGCACCAACAACUAAUUUUUAUAUCCAGAAUAAUGGCAUGGAGCCGCAAUAUGGCUUAUCUGGUAGAAAUCCAGGACAAUAUCAAACACGAAUGAAUCCUCCAACAUAUAAUUAUGGGCCAAUACCGAAUGGUUUUCAGCAACAAUUUUAUCUUCCUCAAGGAUAUCCCCAAAAUCAAUUUAUGCCUUCAACUAAUCCAAGACCAAUGAAUCCUUCACAGAUUCCUAUUAUUCGACCAGCGAAUGAAACUAUGAACAAUUAUCCACAUUUUAUCGCACAAAAUGGAUAUCCACCACCACAAUAUACGCCUGGAAAUAAUAGUCUUCCAUCAGCACCAUCUGUCUAUUCAGGACAAUUGUAUCAAACUUACCCAAUACCAACAGGCUAUGCACAACAACCAGUGCAAACACAAAUGGCUAAUCAACCACAAAUAUCACAACAACAACAACAACAACAACAACAAGCAUAUAUCGCCAAUUUACAAGCACCAACACAAAUUCAUCCAACACAACCAAUUCAACAUACAGCAAUUGAUCAAUCAAAUCUUAGUGUACCGACAUCUCAACCUCAAAUACCACCGAAUAUACAACAAUCGAAUUCCUAUGUAGCACCACUAGCGACAGCAGCACCAGUGGUUCUGGAAAAACGGAAAAAAAAUCCACUGAUUAUUGUAAAUCCUGAGACACAUAAACCAGUCGAAGUAUCUGCACCAUCUUCAUCAACAUCAGCUACGACGGCAUCAGCAGUAUCUUCUACGAUAACAACGAGUGAAAAUCGUUCAAACGAAACGACAACUACAGAUUCAACUAUAGCAAAUACUAAAUCGACAAAUGAUAUAAACAAAAUACAAAAACAAACCGAAUUUCGACGACAAUUUGCUGAAAAUUUAGUCGGUUCUUCCAAUGUUCAAACAGAUAAGAAUACUACUCAAUCAACAACAUCUACAGCAUCAAAUGAAGAUUCAUCUGCUACUGCAUCACUAAAACAAAACGUAACUAAACAAUCCGAAAAUCCAGUACAACAAUCAACAUCAUCAGCGUCAUCAUCACGAUCAGGCUCAAUAUCGCGACCGAAAUCUCCGAUAUCAGUAUCAUCAAAUGAUACAUCAACGACGCCUAGUAAAGAAUCUACAUCGAGUCAAUCAUCUGAAAAACCACAACCAGGUCAUCCUGGUAUUCUUGUUACACGAAAUGUAACCGAUGAUAAAGUAGUAUCGAAAGCUAAUCAAGAUGAUAUCAAAGAGAAACGAGAUCGUAGUGACUCACUAAAACAAAUAGAAUCUGAAUCAAUGAAAACAAUCGAAGAAACAAAUGAUAAUUCAAAAUUGGCGUCUGAAGAUGCAACACCUGUAGUUAAUCAAGAAACUAGUUCAAUUGUUCCUGAAUCACAAUCAACAACAUCAUCCUUCGACAGAGUUACACCACCACAGACACCAACAAUCAUCAAUGAUGAAAAAUCUGAUGCACUACCGAAUCAACGCUUACGUUAUGAUCGUCAUGAACUUUUACGUAUUCGUGAUAGCUCAGCACCAUUUCCAAUUCCACAAAAUCUUCCUGAUCUCGAUAUUGUUAUUAAUCGACGUGAUAUUAAUCCACGAUUUUCCUAUAAUGGCACAAAUAGUCAAGGACGUAUAAAUCCUCCAUUUCAUCGACAAUUAUCAUCGAGUAAUCAUCCAUCCUUGACACGUUAUCCAAAUAAUGCAAAUUCUGCAACUGAUUCAAGACGUAAAACAGGAAUCUAUCUAUCAGCUGAACCUGACUUCAGCAAUCGUGUUGAAAAUCCAUAUAAACCAAUUGACCAAGCGACUCUCGAUGCGAACAAGAAAGUUUUACGUGAUGUUAAAGCAAUAUUAAAUAAAGUCACACCACAAACAUUUGAUAGAUUACAGAAGAAACUUGAAGCAUUAGAAAUUGAUCGUUAUGAAAAAUUGGAAGGAAUGAUUACAAUUUUCUUUUCCAAAGCAGUUGAUGAACCAGCAUUUAGUUUUCUAUAUGCAAAAUUAUGUAAACAAUUUCAAAAAAAACAAGUCACAGUACCAGGUGAUGAUGGUAAAUUAAUAACAUAUUACUUUCGUCAAAUAUUAUUAACACGUUGCCAGAAAGAAUUCGAAAAUGAUUAUAGACAAGAAAUUGAAUAUGAAAAACGUAAAGCUGAAGUUGAAGCACUAAUAGAUGACAAGAAACGUAAAGAAGAAGCGGAAAAAUUGGAAGAAGAUCUUGUCAAAGCUAAACGAAGAAAAUUAGGAAAUAUUUUUUUUAUUGGUGAACUAUUUAAAUUACAAAUGUUAACUGAUACAAUCAUGUAUGAUUGCAUAGAAUAUUUACUUCGUGAUAAAUCUGAUGAAGAAAGCAUUGAAUGUUUAUGUCGUCUAUUACGUACGAUUGGUAAAGAACUUGAUGGUAAAGCUCUCGAAAAAACUGUGAAUAAAACUAAUUUGGAAAAACAUUAUCGUGAAUUAGAUGGUAUCAUUAAAGAGCAAAAAACAUCAGCACGUAUUCGUUUCAUGAUUCAAGAUCUUAUGGAAUUAAGACAAGCUGCAUGGGUUGCUCGUCGUGCCGAAGCUAAACCAACAACAAUUGAUGAAAUUCAUGAACAAGAACGUUUAAAACGUGAGCAACAAGAACGCGAUCAAGAACGUGAUCGACAACAACGCCGCGAUCCAAAUCGUUCUACUGUUAUUGGUAGUACCUAUAGUGGUAAUAAUCAACAACAGUAUAAUGAUGGACGUGGUAGUCGUGGCAGUGGAAUUAAACAGCAAUCGAAUAGAAAUGACGACGAUAGAGUAGAAAAUCGUUUCAGUGUUAAUAGUUUAAGACAAUUACAAUCCAAUGAUAAACGAAAUCAAGGCCCAUUUGCAAUGAGUUUAGCUCCACAACGUACAUGGACGAAAGGAUCAGGCAUUGAAAAGAAACCUGAAGAAGAUCGUUCAUUUGGUGGACGCACUGGUAAACCACCAGCAGGUCCUAUUCAGCAACUUAAAGGUAAAGUCAAUUCAUCUCAAGGAGGUUCAACUUAUCCUAUGCAACGUCAAUCAUCACGUGAAUUAGCACGUGAAAAUAGUUAUCGUGAUCGCGAAAAUGCCUUACAGUCAUUACGUAAAACAACGACUGGCAGUGGAGUAAAUAGUCCGGUCAAUGCAGCUGGUACUUCAUCCAUGACAAAUUCUCGUGAAGGUUCACGUAAUGUUAGUCGUGAACAAUCACGUAAUGCAUCACGUGAAUCAAGUGUCAGUGAACGAAUGUCAAAUGUUGGUUCAUCCGUACAAUCAGGUAAAGCAUCCAGUGAAUCAACGACAAUAAUUAAUCAAGAUCCAUCGAAUACGACGUUUGAUGAAGAAAAAACUAUAGCUCGUGUACAUUCACUCAUUGAAGAAUACACAGAAAAUUAUUCAAAUCUAACUGAUCGACCUGUGAAAGAAGCAUUAGAAGAUUUAGCCGCAUUUUGUACACGAAGCCUUGAUCAACAAGCAAUUAUUGUUCGAGAAUUAUUCACUAGUGUUUUAGAAGCUAAAUCACGAGCCCGUCGAGCUGUUGGACAUUUACUUGAUGCUGCACAUAAUGAUGAUAAUAUUUCUGAAACAGCUUUUGUUGCUGGUGUUAAAAUGAUUAUUGAAGCUGCACCUGAUUAUGCUGUUGACAUUCCUUUAAUUUGGCAAUAUAUAGGUGAAAUUCUUGGUGCAUUUAUUGGUGCUCCAACUUCAAAUAUGGCACUAUUGAAACCAAUUUUUGAAUCUGUUCCCGACGAUAAAGCGAAGCAAUUCUUUCAAUUUACUAUUCGAUAUGCAACCGAAUUCUCAUCUCAGUCACGCAUACAAAGUUUUUGGCAAUCAUCCGGUUUUUCUCUAAAUGAUUUAAUUAAAGUUGAUCGAAUCGACUCUACAUUUUCAAAUGAAUUUGACUGGUUAUUUGAUACACCUGAAGUCGAACAAUCAACGUCACAAACCAAAGAAAAUCAUUCUCCGCAUCCUGAUCCACAGCUUGUUAAAUUAUUUAAAUCUGUUAAUGAUCAAGGUACCACAAUAACUGAUCCAGAAAUAAUCACAUAUAUUCGUGAGCAUAUGGAUCCAAGCGAAAAAUUUUAUAUUCGAAAUAUUGUUUUAUCUUAUUUGGAAGCAUGUUUAAUUAAUCGUGAUCCACAAAAGAAAAUUCAAGAAGAUAUUGCGAAAAAACGAAUGACUGUACUAAAUGCUAUUAUUGAACAUAAAUCAGAAGCAGAAAUCCAAGCAGUUUAUGCCAUUCAAAAUUUUGUUAAUAAACUUGAACAUCCACCAAAAAUGGCUCGACUACUAUUCGAUAUAUUCUACGAUGAAGAAUGUGUGAGCGAAGACGCAUUUUUCGAAUGGCUUAAACAUCCAGAUCAAUCAGAAACAGAAGGACAUGCUGUUGUCGAAAUAUCAACCAAAGACUUUUUUACUUGGUUACAACAAGCUGAAACAGAAGUUGAAGAAGGCGAAGAAGAAGAAGGAAGUUAA